UUGCCGGCCCUCUCGGGUUGGUCGUCUCUUUUUAAUGAGAGAGAGUCCUGCUUCUGGCAACAAGAUAAGAGCAGGAUUGUGCCUUGAAAUUGGCGACAUCACCAGACCCAGAUUGCUUAUUUAACCCUAAUUGCAACCUCUUAUUACCAACUCCCUCAAUCCCUUUUUAUUGCUUCUUCUUUGAUGAUUCAUGGAAGUUGCUUCACUCUCUCCCCUGUCGCCUACGUAUUGUUCCUGUCGCCGGGAAGUGAGAUCCUUGCCGAAGUUGUCUAGUACUCUGUUUUACUGUCAUAAAGGUUCCCACAUCAGAGAUAAAAGUUUGAGGAGUGCACUUAAUUCUUCCCAAAGUACCUUACCGGGCAUACGAAGGAAGCAUGGCAGUAUGCUAUGGCAAUCCUCUGAUACAAAGGUAGAGGUUUGUGGAAUUCGUCACGAUUGCAAAUUCCAUGUCCAGAAUAAAUUUUCUAGAGAUGUAGUUGUAAGAUCUGAACUUGCCACAGUUGGGUCCCCAGAAGAUGACUAUUCUCUAUCUAAAUUGAAAGUGGAAUCAAGGAUCAGGGGAGCAUGUUUUUAUGCCGUUACUGCUUUCACUGCCAUAUUUCUAUUUCUACUGAUGCUUGUUGGCCACCCCUUUGUUAUUCUAUUUGAUCGUCAUCGAAGAAAUUACCAUCAUUUUAUUGCCAAAAUAUGGUCUACACUUACUGUGACACCAUUUUAUAAAGUCAACUUUGAGGGAUUGGAGAAUAUGCCGCCUCGAGAUACUCCUGCUGUUUAUGUUUCCAAUCACCAGAGCUUCUUAGACAUAUACACCCUUCUAACUCUUGGGAGAAGCUUCAAAUUCAUCAGCAAGACCAGUAUAUUUCUCUAUCCCAUUAUUGGGUGGGCAAUGUUUCUUUUGGGAAUGAUUCCUCUAAAACGCAUGGACAGCCGAAGCCAGCUGGACUGUCUUAAACGAUGUAUGGAUCUUAUCAAGAAAGGAGCAUCUGUGUUUUUCUUUCCUGAGGGAACACGCAGCAAAGAUGGAAAACUUGGCUCCUUCAAGAAGGGUGCCUUCAGUGUUGCUGCAAAAACCAAUGCGCCAGUUGUACCAAUUACUGUUAUUGGAACUGGCCAAAUCAUGCCUGCAGGAAGGGAGGAUAUAGUCAACCCAGGUUCCGUGAAAGUUGUUAUACACAGACCUAUUAAUGGAAGUGAUCCUACGAUCCUAUGUGAAGAAGCUAGGAACACUAUCGCAAGUGCGCUAGAUUCUCAAGAGUGAGAAAUGCAUGUAUGGAGACCCCCGGCUCUGCGAUUCUUCUUUUGAGCGUAUUUGAAUUGAAUCUUUCAGAUACCAAUCAUUUAUUUUUUAUUUUGAAAGAAGCAAAACGUCUGAUGAAGAUAAUGUCUUGCGAAAUUUAGAAGGCUGUCUUCAUUUCCCAUUUGCUUCCUUCAAAGUAAUGAAAUAUCAAAAUAAAAAUGUUGGCCAAAGGAAAUAUCAAAAUAAUGAUAAUAAAAAAACUGUUAGAAUAAUGGAGGUGAGAUAAAUUAAUAAAUAAAAUCUGCAUCGUCAAACAAUUUAUCUCUACCCCAAGAUUGUGCUGCUCUCCUGAAGCAUGCCGCCACUGUCAGGCUGAUUUGUUGAAGACGAUCCUCAAAACAGCCUUCUGGAUUGAAGUUACGAAGAAGGUCAUUGCUAGGAUGCCUCAUUUUGAUUUAUGCUGUACCAGAGGGUGUGUUAUCUGAGUUUGCACCUGUUCUAGCACUCAGGUCAUUUGAGAUCUUUCGGAUUGAAUCUUCCAUGUUAGAUUAAAAUCUUUUUGUUUUUUUCUGGGCAGCCGCUGAAGCAAACUGGUUUUAGAACUAGUGUACACAUCUUUUUGUUGACGCUUAACCCUUCCAUGCAUCUUCUGUGUAAAUGAUUGACUAACCUUGUGUAUGGAUGGAGUGAAGAAUAAGGGAAAGACAAAACCGAAGGAGAAACGAGAGGGAAAAUUGAUUUUCUCCUCUUUUGAUAAUGAGAAAAGGUAAAAAGCGAAGAAAAAAGAGGUAUGCAGUUCACACGUCUUUUUCUUUGAAGUUUUCCCCCUCAAAUGAGGUGAUUUUGAAGAAAAAAGGUGCUUUCCAAAAUUGCCUUAAAGGAGAGAGAAUGAGCAUGGCAAACGUCCUUUUCAUAUAGAUAUUAUUAUUGUUAACUUUCUAUUCUGUUUGUUUAUGCAAACACAAGGAUUAAAAAAAGAAGAAGGAUUUUUUCUAUU